CUCUCUCUCUCUCUCUCUCUCUCUCUCAUCCUAACUAAAAUAUCUUUCUACUUUUCUCUCUCUUGACUUUUUGCACUCUCCCCAGAAAAAAAACUAAACAGAACAAAAAACAAAAAAAAAUGGAAGCUGAAGGAAAAAUUCAAAGCAGCAGCAGUAGCGGCGGCGGCGGCGGAGCAGUCUCCGGCCCAAUACGCAGAGUGCUCCUCAUAUCCGCCGGCGCUAGCCACUCCGUUGCUCUCCUCUCUGGUAACGUUGUAUGCUCGUGGGGAAGAGGAGAAGACGGGCAACUGGGCCAUGGAGAUGCCGAAGAUCGAUUUUCGCCAACUCAGCUGAGUGCUUUGGAUGAUUUAGAUAUCGUUUCCGUUACUAGCGGAGCUGAUCAUACGACUGCUUAUUCCAAAUCGCAAAUGCAAGUUUACAGCUGGGGAUGGGGUGACUUCGGGAGAUUAGGGCAUGGAAAUUCGAGCGAUUUGUUUUCUCCUCAACCAAUCAAAGCGCUGCAAGGACUUCGGAUAAAGCAGAUUGCGUGCGGGGACAGCCAUUGUUUGGCGGUGACUAUGGAAGGCGAGGUUAAAAGUUGGGGAAGGAAUCAAAACGGUCAACUUGGACUUGGGACCACGGAGGAUUCUCUUGUACCCCGAAACAUUGAAGCUUUCCAGGGUAUACCGGUGAAAAUGGUAGCUGCUGGUGCUGAACAUACAGCUGCCGUAACGGAAGAUGGCGAGCUUUAUGGCUGGGGCUGGGGUCGAUACGGUAAUCUCGGUUUGGGCGACAGAUUUGACCGGUUAUUACCUGGCAAAGUUUCAACCGUUGAGGGAGAGAAGAUGGUUCUGGUAGCGUGUGGGUGGCGACAUACGAUUUCCGUGUCCUCUUCGGGCAGUUUGUAUACGUACGGGUGGAGCAAAUACGGCCAACUAGGACACGGUGAUUUUGAAGACCAUCUUAUCCCUCACAAGUUGGAAUCUUUGCGCGAUAGUCAAAUAUCUCAAAUUUCAGGUGGUUGGAGGCAUACGAUGGCGUUGACGACCGACGGAGAACUCUAUGGCUGGGGCUGGAAUAAGUUUGGACAAGUUGGUGUAGGUGACAGCAUCGAUCAUUGCUCGCCUGUGCAAGUCAAAUUUCCACUCGAUCAGAAAGUAGUCAACAUCUCGUGUGGUUGGAGGCAUACGCUCGCUGUCACCGACAGGCAGAACGUGUUCUCAUGGGGAAGGGGCACAAACGGUCAACUCGGCCAUGGUGAAUGUGUUGACCGAAAUGUUCCGAAGAUUAUAGAGGCGUUAAGUACGGAUGGUUCAAGUGGACAAAACAUUGCAGCCUCGAAAGUUGACAUAUCCUCGGAAAAAACUUGGGUGUCUCCCACUCAGAGAUAUGCAAUUGUUCCUAAUGAAAAUCAGGAACGUGGACAGACGGAGGCGCUGUUUGGGGCGAGCGAUGUGAAUGUUCCGGAAAAUGAUGGGAAAAGAAUAAGGAUUUGAGGGAUGAAAAAUAAACUUACUAUCUUCUCACUGAUUAUGGAUUAUAUGCCAAAUGUGUUGUUGAAUUUUAUUUAAGUUUUUUUCUUUUUUUUUUUAGGAUAAAAAAAAAAACUCUUAUGUAUGGAAUAUUCUGUUUAACCUCAAACUUUAUGUUUUGGUUGUGUCCAAAAUGGUAGCUAAUUAACGUUGUCGGUUCUUUAGUUCCAAGCUUCUAAUCUGUGAUUUUGAAAGCUUAAUUAUAAUCUUUUCGA